UGCUGGGAGGAGGCUGGAGGUUGCACAGGCCGGGCCGGGGCCGGGCCGGGGACUAGGCGGAGAACUGCGGGGGAGGAGGUGGGAGGGCCUCCUUCACUUUGGGGUGCACAUCCAGGGCUGUCCGGGAGCCUCGUGCUGGCCCCGGCCCGCGCACGGUAGCGGGCCCCCUGGAGGCGGUGAUCCUGAGCAGAGGCCGCUCUAGGCCCCGCACGAUCCCCAGAGAAGAGGGAGCCCCCAGCCCACGGGGAUCUCCCUCCCAGGGCCCAGGCGCUCCUGGCCGGGCUUCCCGGAGGAGCUGAGCCUUGAGUGGGCUCCUGGGGCUGGGGGCUCCAGCACUCCCCCAAGCUGAGGGAGGAGAGGGCCCGUGGUGGCCCCAGCCCGGAACGUGGAAUGCUGCUUGCCAAGGCCAAGAGGGCUUCCUGGAGGAGGUGGCAUAGGCGCUUGUCUUUGAGGGGAACCCCCAAGGGCUGGACCAUGGACCAGUACAACAUCCUGGGCCACAUAGGUGAAGGGGCCCAUGGCAUCGUCUUCAAGGCCAAGCACGUGCAGACGGGGGAGACAGUGGCUCUAAAGAAGAUUGUCUUGCGGCGGCUGACGGGUGGACUCCCCAACGAGGCCCUGCGGGAGAUCAAAGCUCUGCAGGAGAUGGAGGACAACCAGUAUGUGGUGAAGUUGAAGGCUGUGUUCCCGCAUGGAGUAGGCUUCAUCCUGGCUUUUGAGUUCAUGCUCUCUGACCUGUCUGAGAUCAUCCAGCAUGGGAAGCGGCCUCUGGCCCCAGCUCAGGUUAAAGCGUACAUGCAAAUGCUGCUCAAGGGUGUAGCCUUCUGCCACGCGAACAACAUUGUCCACCGGGACCUGAAGCCAGGCAACCUGCUCAUUAGCUCCUCAGGCCAGCUGAAGAUUGGAGACUUUGGCCUAGCUCGAGUCUUCUCCCCUGAGGGUGACCGACUGUAUAGCCACCAGGUGGCCACUAGGUGGUAUCGGGCUCCAGAGCUUCUCUAUGGUGCCAGGCAGUAUGAUGAGGGUGUGGACCUGUGGUCUGUGGGCUGCAUCCUCGGGGAGCUCCUGAAUGGCUCCCCUCUCUUUGCUGGUGAGAAUGACAUCGAACAGCUCUGCUGUGUGCUCCAGGUCCUUGGGACACCCAGCCCCCUGGUGUGGCCGGAGAUAACUGAGCUCCCAGAUUACAACAAGAUCUCCUUCAAGGAGCAACUGCCCCUGCCCCUGGAUGAGGUGCUGCCUGACGCCUCCCCCCAAGAGCUGCAGCUCCUCAGCAGCUUUCUGAUCUACCGCCCUCGCCGUCGGAUCCAGGCUGAUCAGGCCCUGCUACAUGAGUACUUCUUCAGAGACCCGCUGCCAGCCCACCCCUCAGAGCUGCCCAUUCCACAUCGUGGGGGGGGGCCCGGCCCCAAGGCCCGACCAGGCCCUCCUCGUGUCCAAGACUUCAGGAUAGUGCAGCCCCUGGCUGAGUCGUUGCAAGAUUGGAAGCUGAUUUGGCCCUACCUCUCGCAGGGAUGAGCCUCCCGCUGCCCUGGCCUCCACCCAGCUCUGCCUGGCCCCAAGAGAUUGCCUUAUCUGGGCACUCCCAGCUGCUCCCCCUGGCCUUCCUGCGGCCAGGGUGGGAGGAGACUCAGGCGUCCGGCGGCGUCCGGCUUCCCUCCCUCUGGAGGUUCAGGAGAACAGACUUCUAACCUUGGCUGUGCCUCAGUUUCCCUAAUACCAAUAAACACUACCUUGGACUCCAAA